ACCCGUGUGCACCUACGUUAUAAACUUCUAGAACCGUACCGCAAUUGAGAAUUGAUUCACGUUUAGUUUGAGAAUUUGGUUGUUUUGGGCUAGGAAUUCUCUCCCGGCCUUCGUUUCAAUGAUCCACCACAUCAACACUGAGUAAACUGUCAUAUUAAGCGUAUCCAUGGCAAUCCUAUGUUUCUGAAAUGUUAGCGAGUUAUCUGAAAUAUAAUACUAACAAGUUAGCUAACAUUUAGCUUUACUAGCUAGCUAGCAAUAUGCUAUAGAUUGGCAAUGGUUAGCAAUCUUGCUAGCAGUAGAAUAACAGUUGAUAUUUUAAUUUCAGCAAAUGUCGUUAUCAAAUGUAGGCUGUGUGUAACCAGACAUUAACGUUGGUGCAUGUUUUCUUACUUUUAGGCCGUUCUGUAAAUAAAUCAAUGACUAUAUCACCAAAUGUUGUUUCAAGAAGAACCGCCAUGCUUGCGCACGCGCUCUUGAUUGAUUUCGGUGUCACUUGGGCCGGGGGUGUUGUUUCCUCCACGAUCAUACAACAGCUAGAAGAUGGCGAUGAAACGAACAUCAGUUUAUACUCUAUGUGUACUGUUUAUGUCAUUCAUUUUCGCUGAGUCUUCACCUCGACAAUUGAACACGGAAAGUAUUCUGAUCAAUGUGACAGCAGGGACAUUGAAUGAUACACAGGUGCAGGAGUCCAACAACUUGCAGAUCAACCUGAAUAUUUCAGUGGAUGAAGAGCAGGUGCUCAUCAAUGACAUCCCUGUGGAGUUGUCAGGGGUGACCAGGUUGAACUGCCAAGCCUUGCUGUUGGAUACCACCAAUGGCACAAGUGAAUUUGAAUCUGGUGACUAUGUCUCCACUGUCACCCGGGUGAUGGUGAGCCAGAAUCGCUUGUGGAGUGAUUCAGAAGAGGUGGUGGCUCUCCAAGUGUUCAGCGAGGUCAUCGAGAUGGAGGGGAAAAAGGUCCAGCAGCCAGAAAUGUGUGAAGUGAAGAUACUGAUGAGCCCCAAUUUCCAGACGCUUGCGCAGUAUACCAACACCUAUCCCAUUGGACACAGCGAGAUUUUCAGGAUCCCAAGGGAAAAUGAUGUGGUCAUCACAGAUCCAACAAAUCCUAAAAAAGCUGAAUACCAAGUGAUGUCCCAGACCACCAGUCAUUACCCUCUGAAGCAUGCGGACACCACCCAGGAGGAGACUGCUGCCCCAGGCAAGCUCCCGGAGACUCCCCUCCGCAUGGACCCAGACCUGCUGUAUGAUAACAAUGAGGGUGAUGACUUGGGAGGGCUGUCUGAUCAGAUGCAGACAGAGGCACCACUCAAAGAAUCUCUCUCUUCUUACAGUGCCAUGUGUCGAUGGGUGGAGGAGGUGAGGGACCGCCUGCGACGCUUCUGGUCUGAGUCCUUGCCCCUGUUCUUCUUGGUCAUGUGGGUGGUAGUGAUUGGUGUGGUUGGGUCAGCGGUCAUUGUCAAGAUCCUGGACAUGUUCUUCCCAACAUGCGAACACAAGGGAAUUUUACAUUUAAAUCCUGUGACUCUGAUGCCGGAAGAUGAGAAACACACCCUGCUGGAGAACAUUGAAAUAGAGGUAGAGGAGGUGAAAAGGCCUUCAUUGAAAACUGAAGAGUCUGAUUGCAUCUGUUGAAAACACAAGGCAUUAUGUGGUUAGAGAAACCAUAAUCUCUUUGUAGCACUUAUUACACAUGCAUUGCAAAAAUAACAUGUUUAGCUUUAUUUCUCAAACAUUAUACCCUCCUCUCAAAGAAGGAAUCUGAAAUGUUACUAGUGGAAGCAGAGCUGCAUACUGCAUUAUUUUUCAUAUUAUGAUUGUGUUACCUCACAGUGCCUCUGUAACCAUUCUACUUUGCAUUAUGAAAUACUGACUUCCUAUUGGUUUAUUUUUGAUUGCUCAUUUCAUAUUUUAUCAUUCUGACUGGAGGAUUGAACUGAGGAUUUGGUGUUUGUUUGCAUGCAACUUUAAAUCAUAAGACAAACUGUUUUUAUUUACUGUAUUUGAACCAGUGCAUCAUAUUGUCAGAGCCUCACCAAUGCAUUUGUUGUAAAAUGUCAAAACAUUUUUACGUUGGUAUUACAUUUUGUUUGAACUUGACGGGCCUGCGCUUAGGUUCAUUAAAGGACAGGUGGUCCUAGUCUUGCACCCAUCAUUAUGAGUCGAACAGAGACUGAGCAAAUAGAAGAUCUCAUUCCAACCAUUUCAGUUGAUAGAGACAGAUGGCAGUUAGUUCCUGUAGGUGAAUGAUCUGUCACAGAACAUUGCAGAUAGACCUGGAAAGUAUAGAACAGACAUUAACUGCUUUAGUGUCCUGUCUAUACAGUCCAUUUCUGUUCACUCUGAAUAUACUCCUGCUUUAUGCCUUGAAAUGUAUGAAUAUGGUUACUGGAUGUUCUUUGCAAUAUGAGUGAAUGACAAUGGAUGUUCUCUGCAAUGUGAAUUACUCGCAAUGGCCGUGCACUGUCAACAUAGACAUCUGAAGCUACACUAAUAGGACCUUAUACACUUUAGUCUAAGAAUAGUCAAACCUACUCCUCCCAAUAGCUUAUUGGCUGGUUUGCCUCAAAGCAGGCUAGGCAUGACCAAAAUAAAAUUGUAUCAAUGUGAUUCUCAAGAUUAGGCUCAUGGUUGACAUAUGGGGCCCUGGCACAUUGACUUAGUAGCCAUAGUAUGGGAUGCAGUUAGCUGUCAAUGAAACAACUUCAUAAUAGGAAACUGCAUGCUGAUUUGAACUUGAGUGGGUGAAUUAGAACUUAGUUAUUUUACAUUUUGCUUCUAUGGUGCCUCAAUUCAAUUUCAAUCUUGUGUUUUACUAAACGCAUGGGAGCAUGGCAUGUGUGCAUCAUGUAUUUUCAUUCAAAUCAAACUGUACAUUGAAUUCCCAAAUCCUGCUCAAUAAAAAUGUUUCUGUAAA